UGGUCUUUCCUGUUCAUUGGCUAGUUGUGGUGUCGUCAGUGGGGCGGUAGUACUGGGACAGGGGUACUACUUUUGAACCAGAGGCUGCUUAUCUCCUUUCUUUUUGCACAUCUGAACUCUUGAGCACUACUUUCCUCUGACUGGCAGCAGUUAGGGUAGAACUAAUGGCUGAUCAAGUGCUUGUGAUUGGCAGUGGAGGGAGAGAGCAUGCACUGGCCUGGAAGUUGGCCCAGUCUCCACAUGUAAAACAUGUGUUUGUUGCUCCAGGAAAUGCAGGAACAGCUGACAGUGGAAAAAUUUCAAAUUCAGCUAUUUCAGUCAGCAAUCAUGCUGCACUUGCCCAGUUCUGCAGAGAUCGGGAGAUCAAGCUGGUUGUGGUUGGUCCAGAGGUUCCUCUUGCUGCUGGGAUUGUUGAUGACUUGACAGCAGCUGGAGUAAGGUGUUUUGGUCCAACAGCAAAGGCAGCUCAGCUGGAGUCCAGUAAGAGCUUUACCAAAAACUUUUUGGAUCGUCACGAGAUCCCAACUGCAAGAUGGAAAUCUUUUACUGAUCCCAAAGCAGCAUGUAGCUUUAUUAACAGUGCAAACUUCCCUGCUUUAGUCGUAAAAGCUAGUGGCCUGGCAGCUGGCAAAGGAGUAAUUGUGGCUUCAAACAAGGAAGAAGCAUGCAAAGCUGUUACUGAAAUCAUGCAGGAUAAGACUUUUGGCACAGCUGGGGAGACUGUUGUUGUUGAAGAACUUCUUGAAGGAGAAGAAGUUUCUUGCUUAUGUUUCACUGAUGGCGUCACAAUUGCUUCCAUGCCUCCAGCCCAGGACCACAAGAGAUUAAUGGAUGGAGAUGAAGGCCCUAAUACUGGCGGGAUGGGAGCUUAUUCCCCAGCACCUCAGAUUUCUAAAGAUUUACUGCAGAAAAUAAGAGAUACUGUUCUUCAAAAAACUGUUGAUGGCAUGAGGAAAGAAGGUGUCCCCUAUUUUGGUGUGCUUUAUGCUGGGUUAAUGCUUACCAAAGAUGGACCUAAAGUUCUCGAGUUUAACUGCAGAUUUGGCGACCCAGAAUGUCAGGUAAUUCUUCCACUAUUGAAAAGUGAUUUGUAUGAAGUCAUGCAAGCAGUUAUCAAUAAAAAGUUGUCUAGUUCCAUGCCAGUGUGGUUUGAAGACAGUGCAGCUGUGACAGUGGUCAUGGCUAGCGAAGGGUAUCCAGGACCAUAUCCGAAGGGUUUGGAAAUAGCAGGACUUUCUAAGGCUAAGCAACUAGGAUUGCAGGUGUUCCAUGCAGGCACAGCCCUGAAGGAUGGCAAAGUGGUGACUAGUGGAGGAAGAGUCCUUACAGUAACUGCUAUUAAAGAGGAUCUAAUGACAGCACUGCAAGAAGCCAACAAGGGAGUAGCAGCCAUACACUUCAAGGGUGCCAUUUAUAGAAAGGACAUUGGUUAUCGGGCUAUAGCUUUCCUGAAACAACCCAGAGGCUUGACUUACAAAAACAGUGGGGUAGACAUUGCAGCAGGGAAUACUUUGGUUCAGAAAAUUAAACCCCUAGCUUCAGCCACAUCAAGGUCAGGCUGCAAUGCAGAACUUGGAGGGUUUGCUGGCCUCUUUGAUUUGAAAGCAGCUGGUUACAAAGAUCCUAUCUUGGUAUCUGGAACUGAUGGUGUUGGCACAAAACUCAAGAUUGCACAAGUGUGUAAGAAACAUGACACCAUAGGUCAAGACCUGGUUGCCAUGUGUGUGAAUGACAUCUUGGCUCAAGGAGCAGAGCCCCUCUUCUUCCUUGACUAUUUUGCCUGUGGCAAACUUGACGUGGAAGUAGCUCAGGGCGUCAUUGCAGGAAUAGCUGAAGCUUGCAAAAAAGCAGGAUGUGCACUUUUAGGAGGAGAAACUGCUGAAAUGCCAGGCAUGUAUCCACCUGGAGAGUAUGACCUGGCUGGCUUUGCUGUCGGUGCAGUGGAGCGAGGGCAGAUGCUGCCCCAGCUGGAGAGAAUCACUGAUGGAGACAUGGUCAUUGGAGUAGCUUCUUCAGGGGUUCACAGCAAUGGAUACAGCCUUGUAAGGAAGAUUGUGGAAAAGUCAUCAUUUGAUUUCUCUUCUCCGGUUGAGGUCUCUGGUCAUCAGACAUUAGGAGAUCUCUUGUUAACCCCAACAAAAAUCUACAGUAAGACUCUGUUGCCCGUCCUCCGCUCAGGCCAUGUGAAAGCCUAUGCUCACAUCACUGGAGGGGGCUUGCUGGAAAAUAUCCCCAGAGUUCUCCCAGAGUCCUUUGGUGUCGUUUUAGAUGCUCUUACCUGGAAGAUUCCUGAAAUCUUUUGCUGGCUCCAUAAAGAAGGGAACCUCUCUGAGGAGGAAAUGACUCGAACGUUUAAUUGUGGCAUCGGUGCUGUCUUGAUAGUUCAGAAGGAGCUGGCUCAGCAGGUCCUCAAGGACAUAGAGAGACAUGAGGCAGCCUGGCUGAUUGGGAAAGUUGUCUCCCUUCAAAAAGGCUCUGCCCAUGUUAAAGUCCAUAAUCUGCUUCGAGCCUUGCAGGCAAAUAGGUCAUUGUCUCUGCGCAGCCAUAUCCAAGGCAAAAUCCAAACAAAGAAAGUGAAGGUUGCUGUCCUUAUCUCUGGAACAGGCACAAAUCUGGAAGCCCUCAUAAGCAGCACAAAGAAACCCACCAGUUUUGCACAAAUAGUUCUUGUUGUUUCUAACAAAGCUGGUGUGGAGGGCUUAAGGAGAGCUGAAAAAGCUGGUAUUUCUACAAGGGUUAUUGACCAUAAAUUGUAUGAAAGUCGCACUGAAUUUGACAGUGCUGUUGACAAAGUCCUUGAAGAAUUCUCGGUUGAACUGAUCUGUCUGGCUGGAUUUAUGCGAAUACUGUCAGGUCCUUUUGUCAAAAAAUGGGAAGGAAAAAUACUGAACAUCCACCCAUCUCUACUGCCUUCUUUUAAGGGUGCAAAUGCCCACAAAUUGGUGUUACAGGCUGGAGUGCGGGUCACAGGCUGCACUGUACACUUUGUAGCUGAGGAAGUUGACGCUGGAGCAAUCAUUUUCCAAGAGGCGGUUCCAGUUAAGGUUGGUGACACAGUGGAGACCCUGUCCGAAAGGGUGAAGGAGGCUGAGCACCGAGCCUUCCCUGCUGCCCUGCAGCUUGUCGCCAGUGGGGCUGUGCAGGUUGGGGAAGCCGGUAAGAUCUACUGGAAGUAGGAGCAUCACAUCUGCCAGCGUCCUCAGGUGGGGCAGCUGGAUGCCUUAAUUGAUAGAAACAGAGGUCACAGACUAGUAACACGGACGAUGUAUUCUCUUCGCGUAGUGUUUUCAACAUAGAGUUUACCAUGUCAUGUUCUCACUCGAAUAGAGGUUCAAAGGAAAAUCUGGAGAAAGCCACAAAUGGAAAUAUUGAGGAAGGGGGCUGUUCUCAGUAGUUUCAGUGAUGGCUCUGUUACAUGUUUCCUAAGUAUAAUCACUUUAUUUGCCAACAUUUGGGCUCUCAAUCAAUUUCUUAACAAACAAAAAACCCCUUCUCUUGGUUACAGAAGGAUUUGGGCAUCCCUCAGGUUGACUUGGGAACAUCAGUAUUACUGUCUAACAGACCGUAUGGGCUAUAACAGAGGACACUCUUCUCAUGUGCUGUGAAGUGUCUGUGGGGAAAAGUAAUGGAAUUGGUACAAUGUGAGAGACAGCUAAAGGCAAAAAUUUUACUCACAAAAAUCUUUAGCCAAAACAAGAACUGGCCUCCCAAAACACUAAGUAUUCCUGCAGGUAAUAAAAUUGGCUUUUUCCCAUACAGUUUCUAUUUUAAAGUUGGUAGAUUUUGUCUGGCCCAGAUUCUGGAAAUAGCCCGUAAUUUCAAGCGCUGGACUUGCUAUCAGGUGCUGAAUAGAUUAAAUAUCCAAUGACCAUUUGCCCUUGGGCAUCCCCAUGUGAAUCCACAUACGAAUUUGCCUCAAAGAUUUGUUCAGAAGCAACAUAGUUGUUUGGCUUUUUUUCUUUUUAACAAGCAGAAGGAGGGUUAGGACUAGAUACAGAAUGUGUUCUUGGCUUGUGAGACAUGCUUCAGCAAUUCUGGUAAAGUUAAGUGCCUUUAUUCUUGGACCCGUAUUUUCACUUGAAAUACUGAUGGAAACAAUAAGGGUUUUGAACAGUUCAAUUCUGGUGAAAAAGCACCUGUUUUUUUAAUAUUUUAAUAUUAAUUGUAGAAACAUUUUAAUGUAUUCACUAAAGUAAUCAGUUUUCCCCCAUACAAUCCAGAAGCAUCUGACUGAAGCUGAUUAUGUAUGUUUUAGGGCUCCCCUUUAAUACAGAGAAAGCUAAUUUGUAUUCUGUGCACUAAAGUCCUCAUGGUACUUUUGCGUUAACAUAAUCUCAAUUUGGAUUUGAAAUCAUGUCUAAUAAAUUUAAAAAUUUAAACAUCAAAA